AUGGCUGUAGUCCUUGCGAUCGCCGCCGGCGACGGCCAGGCUUCGUCUCUCGCCAGCGUCGCGACGCGUCUCAACGCUUGGGAUCGGAAGCGUCUCGACGAGCCCGACUACGAGACGCGGCUGAGCGCGUUCCACGAGGCGAACCGCGUCGUGCGAGACAUGGAGCCGGUUGCCAUGGAGACGGAGUGCGGCACGGGAUUCCUGCUGACUGUCAUUCACAACUGCUUUUUCUACAUUAGUACCUCCGACGACAUGUCCUUGAGGGACAGCGCUUCACAUUGCCUGCAGCAGCUCAUCGUCCAUCUAGCUAGUGUCAAGGAUAAUGUCACACCGAGAACCAUGCAAAUACUCAUUGAUGACAACUGUCUAGCCCAGGUGAAGAUAGGCAUCAAGCACAAGAGUGAGAGUGCGAAACACGAGUAUGUGGCCGUGCUGGCCCAGCUGGUGAGGUCCUUCCCCGAGCAUGCGAAGCUGAAGUACCUGCUUGGCCUGAUGGACGUCGACCCGGAAGCGGACUUCUUUGAGAACAUGAGACACAUACAGAUACAUCGGCGUGGUAAGGCGUUGAAGAAGUUACAGCGAUACCUGCAGACAUCUACCAUUCAUCCAGAAGCUGUAAUGUCUCUGCUGUUGCCACUGGCAACGACUUUUCUCUUCCACGAGACAUACGCCCAGCAGCAGAACAUUGUCGACGAUGCUAUUAACACUCUCGGCGCCACAUGUGCGCUGUUGCCGUGGAAACAUUACGAGGUGUUGCUACGGCGAUACCUGAGUAAACUCUCCAAGCAGCCGGAGUACCAAAAACAAUCAAUAAAAUGCAUCGUCGUCAUACUGGAUGCAUUCCACUUUGACCUGUCUUUGUGCGAGGCCGUAGACUACAGCACUGGCAGGACGCUAACAGAUGACGAUAUCGGCGAGGCAGAAGACGACACAGACUUCCAGCAGACGGACACGGCAGAUGUUGCCGUGGAGACAGAGACAGACGUUGCUAUGGAAACGGAGAAGGGCGGAGGGUCGGCGGGGGAAGGUGGUGGUGACAGCAAUGAGGAUGUAGUCGGGGAUGUUCAGGAGGAGGUGUUGGCGGAGAGCAGCAGCAGCAGCAGCCAGGCUAAUCUAGCGGCGCGCAUUCACAAGGUCAUGUCGAGAGUGAUACUACCACCGCUUCACCGCGCGCUCACCCAGAAGGUGAAAUCAGACGGUGAACACAAGCUGGCUAAGAAGGUCUACACGGAGGACCAAGAGGUUCUGAGAGUGCCGAUAGCUCUAGCAAUGGUCAAGCUGCUGCAGAAACUCCCAAAGCAUUCACUGCACAGCAAUCUACCCAACGUGCUGCUGAAGCUGUGUGAGCUGCUGCGAUCUCGCGCCCGCGACGUGCGGGAUGCCACGCGCGACACGAUCGUGCGCAUCGUCGCCGCGCUCGGACCCGCCUACCUGCACUACCUGCUGCGCGAGAUGCGCGCGACGCUGCGCCGCGGCUACCAGCGACACGUGCUCACCUACACGACGCACGCCGUGCUGCGCAGCAUGGAGGAGGAGGCGGAGCGACGCGCGCUACGAUCAUCUCUUUCAACAUACUGA